AUGAAACCGUCAUUGCUAGCGAUCGUUUUCCUCACUGGCAUAGUUUAUUCGAAAAGAAUUUGGGACGUAUUCGAUCUGUUUUUUGGUAAUAAUGAAGAAGAUCCAGAAGAGAAUUUGAUUAUCGACGACGAAAAUCGUCAUGCCUCGGAUCGCAAACAAGAGAACCCCGCCGACAAAGGCGUCGGCGGCGAGGAUAGCAAUGAGAUUCCGUACAAAAACAUCAAUCCGCUUACCGGAAAGCGUAUCGACAAUCGCGUUGGCUGGAUUUAUCCAAUAAAACACGAUGUCCGCACUGAGGAAGGCUAUAAAAGUUAUUUGCAUACAGUGCUUCAGUACCUCAAAAAUCUUAGCACUCAGGACCACGGUCUCGGUGAAGGUGCAGGUCCAGCAUAUACGCAAUUGGACCAGCGUUUUGGUGCUUAUGAUGAAUUCGGCAAUUUUUACUGGGAUGAUGAUGAUCCGUAUGAUGAUGGUGGUGGUGAUCUAGAUAAUGAUGGUGAUGUUGACGAUUUUGAUUAUGAUUAUGGCAAUUUUUUUGGUCAUGAUGAGUUGAAAUAA